AUAGAGCUUCACUUCGCGUUUCUCUCUCAGGAAUUUUGGGUUGAUUUUCCAAGCCGCGUCUACUUCGCGUUUUCGAGAUAUUUUUGGCUGUUCGAUUCGAGAUUCGGAGAAGAUCUAUGGAGAUUAUCAGAUUGUACUUCGUUAUGGCGGUGAUCGCUCUCGUUUUGGCCUUGAUAGCUCCUUCGAUCAGCGGUCAAGUCACCGCGCCGGCGCCGGCUCCGACGAGCGACGGAGUAGCGAUUGACCAAGGAAUUGCGUAUUUGCUAAUGCUGGUUGCUCUGGCGAUUACGUACAUGAUUCAUUGAGUCGAAAUUUGGUAAAUUACAUUUAACUUUGUGGUACUUCGGAUGCUGAAUUAUUCUUUCCGGAGUUGGAUUUGGAUUUGUGCAGUGGUGCUGUUCGGUCGGUCAUCUCUCCAUGUUUGUUUGUCGAUUAUUUUUAGGGUGAAUUAUUCUUUGUGGUGAGAAUCAUUAUUUGGAUUUGGGGCAGAUUUUACUGUCGAUUGAUUGAUUGUUGCUUGUAAAUUGUUGGAUGAGAAAAUAUUAGAUUCAUUAGCACUAAUUUAUUCUUUC